UAUCACUACAAUUAUUUUAUAUUACCGUUAGUGUUGUAAUGUUUAUACUUUUGGAGUAUCUAUAUUAUAAUACAUAAGUAUACCCUUCUCACGAAGCAAAAGUAUACUCGUAUUUUGGGUCUCUGGGGGUUUGGGUGCCAAGUUUUUUCGUACUUUUUAACCUUAGUGAAUUGUUUGUAGUUUAAAAUGAUGUUGGUUUAAGUGGUUCCACAGCAUGGCAAUGUCAAGAGCACUAAUGUGCUUGAUUAGGCAGAGGAAUUUAUUGCCGUGUAAUAGGCCAAUGAACCUGCUGAAAAGCAAAAAUGUUUAUCUGCCACUUUGUGUGCAACAAUUGACAUAUGCUGGUCAGAAACUUGUAGCAAAAUCUGAACAAAAGGAUUCCGAAGGCCAGGUACAGGUUGGCUUUGCUGAAGUAGUUAAAGAAAAUACCAAGUCUGCUUGGUACUUGACUGUUAUUGUUGCCGGUGUUGCUGGAACUGGUGCGAUUUUUUAUGCCGUUUUUAAAGAAUUGUUUUCUAGUAAAAGUCCAAACGGAGUUUAUAAUAAUGCAUUUAUCAGAUGUGUGAGAGAUCCAAAGGUUUGCGAUGCAAUUGGAGAGCCUAUCAAAGCUUUUGGGGAAGAGACCAGAAGGGGCAGAAGAGGCCAUGUUCAACAUUCAGUGUACAGAGGAGAGGAUGGAGUUAAUCGUAUGCGAAUGAAAUUUUACAUCCAAGGAUCCCGUAAAGAAGGCACCGUGCACUUGGAAAUGAGAGAAGAUUCAGAUAGAAAUUGGGUAUACAGAUAUUUGUUUAUUCAGCUGAAAGAUUUCACAAAAAGUGUAAUUGUCCUAGAAGACAACAGAGAUGUUGAACACAUUGUCUAUCAAAAAGAAGAUGAUGCACACGAGCUCAUACCACCUGGAUUGAAAAUGUGAAUUUAUUUAAUGAAAUUUUAUUAAUUUGUUAAGAUUCAUUAUUAGAGUGAUACUUGUAUAAAGCAUGUUUAAACGGCAAUCUGGUAACUGCAUACUUUUAAGUCAACUUUUUAAUUAAUUACCCCUUGUUAGAAUUGAUUUUUCAGUUAUAAAAUAUGAUAAACAAAUGAUGCCGCAAAACUAUCAGUUAUGUGAACAAAAAA